UCACCACACCACAGCUGGUUCUCAGGUUUUGCUGUUUACCCAUCCUCGCAGUUUGAAGUAUUGAACAUAAAUAUCUGUUUGUCUAGUUCGUUUGUGAGAACUCAAGAUAAAUGUGUUUUUACAAGCUGUGAAUUACUUUGAGUUGUCGUUGUCUCUCUAGAGCCACUGGCGCUUUAGUACUGGUUGAUCAGUCCACGAAAAGGUGCCGUAUGUCAUAGCGGUGUGUGAGGAAUGUCUGUCCGCCAAUAUUGAACUGUUUAUACAUCUACAACAUCUGUGGUUGACAUCAAAGGAUAAUGAAGAACCACGUGUUGGAUCAAAACAGCAAAGCAUAUGUACGUCCAAAACACGCCAUCAUGAGUACGUCCACUGAGGAUGACGACACCGGAAGUUUCGAUGCCGCGUGUCUCUAUGACGACCUGACGCUACUAGAGGCGUGCCAGGAGGGAGAUAUUGAGAGUGUGCAGACUAUACUGGAGGAUUCGCCAACCGUAGAAGAAAUCAACGAGACAGACAGGACGGGCAAGACUGCCCUUAGUCACGCAUGCGUAUUAGGACUGACCCCGGUUGUGGAGCUGUUAUCGGAGACCCCCGGUGUGGAUUCCAACCUUGCAGACAAAGACGGAACAACGCCCCUCAUAUUUGCUGCUCAAGCAGGUUAUCGUGAAAUUGUAAAAUUUCUCUUGAACGAUUUCCGGAAAAUCCAAGUGGACCAGCGGAACAAGCUUGGUUUCACUCCUCUGAUGAAAGCUGCUAUCCAAGGAAGAACUUCAUGUGCCAAGCUGUUGCUUUACGCAGGUGCAAAUCCUAAGUUGCGGGACUGUGGGCGCAAGCUUUGUGCCGAGGAAUGGGCUAGAUUCACUGGAAGACAGGAGUGCGCAGACGAAAUAGCCAAGUUUGUCAAUACGAAAAGAUUUUUAUCGAACUCUCGUAACAAGAAAGUACACGAACGUUCCAACAGUGAACCAGACCUAACAAACACAUGUAAAGGCGACAAGGAGUAUAUAGGUCCACAACGCAAAAAGUCCAAAUCCCUCCGCAGGAAGCUGAAAAAGAUGAUUCAAGGACACAACACAAGUGCUCAUUCAAAUUCACCCACAAUGCAUUUUUCAGACAGCACCAAAAUCGAAAAUCCUUUUGCAAUCAUUGCACGAUGUGUGUCGACUCCUAUACUCCCUGGAGUUGUGACAAAUAGUGGCUCACCCCCUGCCCUUAAACGUCCAGUAAGUGCAGAAAACAUUCCGCGCGUGGAAAUCACUUCACCAGCAGACCGGAAGUGACGUUUUAUAAUGUUUAAGUUUUAUUACUAUUUGCAGACCAUUUGAGACGUCAGCAUUGGAUGAUGUUUGACAUAUCUUAUCUAAUGUAUCGACAUCUCUAUAUAUACUGUAUCAUUAUUGUGAUCAACAUGACAUGUAAAACAAACGCAACCAGGACUUAAUGAAAAGAAAUGUCUUCAAUUUAUUUUGCCGAUACAUUUUAUCUGUAAUGCUGCAGUUGCUAUGUUAACAUAAACUUUAUUCAUUUCUUACUGCGUUUACAUUACAAUAUAAUUCAAUACCUUAUUGAUGAAAUAGGAUUUGGAAUCAAAAUUUACAAUUUACUUAAAUUCAUCUCAAGUUGAAGAAAUGCAUAUUUUAUUUGAGGACCACAUGCUUUAUAAUAUACAUUGUAAUAUUUGAGAAAAAAAAUAUGAAGCAUUGCGUUAAUUCUAUAUAUGAGUAAAACGUAAAGUCUGGAGGUUGCUUAGAUAUACCUGUAUACAAUGAGGGUAUAUAUAAACUUUAUUUAUUUUUUAACAAUUAUGAAAGAAGUUAUUUCAACUCAUAUUAUUCACUCUUGUUGGCCCGGAUGUUGGCGCGUGGGGGUCUUAGUGUGGGAGGAAACCGGAGUACCCGGUGAAAACCCACGUGAUCGGGCAGGUGACCCCAACCUUUUCACGUCCGAUCGGGGAAUGAGGGUAGACGAUAUAAGGAUACGAAGAAUGUCACUGAAAACGACAGGUGUGUAUUGUAACAGAUUAUUUAAAUCGUUUUGAUCUAGUAGCUACUUUAAAACCAAAAGUGGGAAUACCCUUAACUUCAUUGACUGUUAGUGGGAAUCGGAGUGCACUAUUUAACGAUAGUGGGGUGUACUAUUUAACGAUAGUGGGGUGUACCAUUUAACGAUAGCGAUGUGUACCGUUUAACGAUAGCGGGGUGUACCGUUUAACGAUAGCAGGGUGUACCAUUUAAAGAUUGCGGGGUGUACCGUUUAACGAUAGCGGGGUGUACAAUUUAACGAUAGCGGGUGUACCAUUUGAGGAAAGCGGGAUGUAC